AUGAAAUUGAAGAGAAGAUAUGAGGAUGUAAAUUCUCCAAGCAAGUGGCCUAGACAAGAGGGUAGUUCCGGUAACCACUCAAAUAGAAGAAAUGUUCCUUUUUGCCGCCAAUGCAAGAAGAAUCAUUUGGGGGUAUGUAGGGCGGCGAAUAAGGGUUGUUAUACUUAUGGGAAGCCGGGGCACACUAGUCGGGAAUGUAGGUCUAAACCUCAAAAACCCCUUAUAUGUUUCAAGUGCUUUGAGGAGGGCCAUAUGAGAAGCUCAUGCCCUAAGUUGACUGAAGAGGAGAGGCUAGAAGAGAGAAGGGGGAAGGCGGAGAGGAAGAACGCUCAAGUUCAUGGAAACCCGCGUGGAAGAUCUUUUCAACUCACGGUGGAGCAAGCAAGAAACUCGGAUGAUGUUGUCACAGGUACAUUUCUUGUAUAUAAUGUGCCUAUGCGAAUUCUCUUUGAUUCAGGGGCGAAUAGAUCAUUUGUUGCAACUAGAGUAAUUCAUGUUAUUCCCAUGUCUAAGACAUGUCUAGAAAAUACUUUGCGAGUUGAGGUUGGUAAUGGUAGGGUGGAAUUAGUGAAGGAUGUGUAUAAAGGGUGUGAAAUCAAAAUUUCUUCGGAACUCUUCCAAGCUAAUCUAAUUCCUUUUCCAAUGGGAGAGUUUGACAUAAUCUUAGGUAUGGAUUGGUUGAGCUCUUGUAACGCCAAGAUCGCGUGUGAUGAAAAAGCGGUGUAUUUGAAGACUUCUAAGGGCAAAGACUUGGUGGUUUACGGUGAUUAG